AGUCUAGCGCCACCUCAUUUUUUAAAGGCCGUUUAAAUUUAGUCGACACCGGUACUCAUCUCGUACGUAAUCAUCCUCCCUGAAAAUUAAUGCUAUUUUACGACAAUUAAUGGCUAAUCAGCAAAACAUCAUCGCCCGUGGUGUCGGAAGGAGACAUAAGUGGGCUAUUGACUUCACUUCAAGGCCAAGAAGUGAGAGGCAACUUCAAACCAUUGCUGAUCAUCCUGCUCCUGUGGGUUACACUGAACGUACCUUGCCUGACCUAUCAAUACAUGAUAAAGAUCCAGCAUUAAUUGUUAAGAAAUGUUGGGACAUAGCACUAGCACCCAUGAAGCAACUACCCAUGAACCUGUUCCUCAUGUACAUGGCUGGUAGCUCUAUCUCUAUCUUCCCUAUAAUGAUGGUAGGAAUGAUGCUGUGGCGACCUAUCCAGGCUCUCAUGUCUCUCAAAACAACAUACAAGAUGCUGGAAGGAAGUCCUCAAGCUCUUAUUCAAAAAGUUGUGUAUUUUAUUGCAAACUUGCUUGGUAUAGCCUUAGCACUUUACAAAUGUUCCUCCAUGGGGCUUCUACCAACACAUUCAUCAGACUGGCUCUCAUUCUUAGAACCUCAGCAGAGAGUGGAGUUUUCAGGAGGUGGAAUGGUAUUGUGAUAAGGCCAGCACCAAGCCACAAAAUGCCUCGAACAGUAACAUAAUGUUUGUAUUUGUUUGUCUUGUGUCUCUAGUAACUUAUUGUUUGAAUGUCACUGAAAAUCAACCAUCAUAUUGCAGUCUGACCUUUUAUUAUAAGUUAUCAGCCUGGCAUGCGUUUUUUGUUCAGAUUCACUGACUAAUAUGUUUUGAGUAAAAAAGAUGCAUGGAUAUCAGUAGCUUAUAACAGUUGUCAGUGAAAAAUCACAAAAUACUUGUUUCAUGAGCUGCUCCCCAGGUCUACCCAGUAGCAAGUUGAUUCGAAUAUGUAGGGUAACUUAAAUGGGUAUAACAUUGGAUGUUUCAUCCGAAUCAGUUAUCAAGUAAUAAAGUUAUUACAAUUGAAGUUCGGCCAAGUGUUAUAUAACAGGAAUGAUAAACUGCAGCAAGUAACAAUAUUUCUUUCAAGAAUCAAAGUUUGGCACAAAAUUAGUGGUAUGCAAAUGAGAGAACAAUAAUUCCACACAUUCAACUUUCACAGGAAGCUUUGAUCGAAUCACAGUGAGAUUUAAUGAAGGAUGUUUUAGAUUUUUGAAGGAGACCUAUCAUACUAAAUAGGUUCAUUAUUGCGGACCUAUCAUGUUGAACAUAGAGAAAGAAUGGUAUAUUGAAGGAGCAAGAUCCCGGCGCUGUUGGACGGUAUCAUACUUGCCGCUAUCCUCAUGAAAAUCAUUGACGUGAUUUGCAUGCUGAUGUCGAUCAUCGGCCAGUCACGCAGCACGUGCAUACAAUCACAGUACACAUACGCUUCGCUGCUUUUGGCUACAUCGGCAUUGGUCCAAAGAUCUACUGACGUCACUUCACACAACAGAAGGAGGCGGAGCCAACCUGCAAAGAUCUUCAAACAGUAGCCAAAGCAUGCGCGAACUAAGACUCGUCAGGGCUGGGGCAUUCGGAACAUGGCAUCUGCGUACGCGAUGUUAACCAUGAUAACGUUGGUGUCAAUGGGCCGCUGGCACCGUCCGCAGUGCGUACGUACAUGUAUGUCAAACAGCUCCCUCUGAAUCCGGGGACCAUGCACCUUUAAAUAUUUAAACUAUUCAUCAGCUAUUUCACUUGCAUACCACUUGUGUUGUUCCCAACUUUGAUUUGUGGAAGUCAAUGCUGUAAUUUAGGUAUUUUUCAUGAUAUUUUGAUGAAAUGUUCAUUGUUGGGCUUUGUUUGAUUUAUUUUUCUUCUGUCAUUUCAAACCAAUUUGUUGUUCAGGGGAAUUUUGACUAAAUGUGCUAGUGAUGUGUAGUUUAGAGAAAAGAUUCACACUGCUAUUUAUUGCAUUCUUGCAGAAAACCGAUGAGUUGAUACGAGCAACCGAAUCAUUACAUGUGAUCGGCUGUGAUUAACAUUGACAUAGACAGAUGAGAUGAUAAUUUUCAAUGAUAACAGGUUUGAGAGAAGGGCCCUGAAAACAGCAGAUGUCUAGUAGAUCAUAAAAAUUGUAAAGGUCUGGCUAAUGAUUCAUAAAACUUGUAAUCAAUUAACUGAUGUUAUUAUUUUUAUUGUAUGAAAUCCAAUCUGCCAUCAAAUCUUCACAUAUUUUUUACUCAUUGCCAAGGUUAUAAAUAAAAUGAAAGGGGUAAUGAAGAAAAAGUGUCGUAGUUUAAGAUACAAUAUACAUGUACAUGUAUGUUCUUGUAUAUGAAAGAGAAAAUUAUCUUUUUUGCUUUGAAUAGAUUAUUCUUAUAUACAUAGGUAAAAUAAUAAGCUACAUUGCAAUACAUUUUGGAAUGAUGAUGUUGGCAAGAUAUCUGUCUACAUAUUUUCAAUUUAUAACAAAAGAUUAUGAGCCAUCAAGAGCAAGAUUUAAACCCAUGCCUUAAAGAGCCCUGUAACAUGAAUCUUAGUGAUUAAUUGUUGAGCUUAUUUGUACAUUUUAUCAUACCCAAUAAUCAAUGCAAUCGCACCAGCCCAUGAUCAAUCGCUAAGCUUUAUGCAACGGGGCCCAGAACCAUGUACAGCUUUGACCCAACACUUAAAGGGGAAUCCAGCCUUGGCCAUAAAAUGUAGGGUUGGGAAGGAGAAAAAUAAAUUAAACAGAAUGGUGAAAGUUUGUAAGAAAUCGGACAAGCAAUAAGAAAGUUAUAGCUGCUUUAAAAUUGAGAUCACUAAUAGUAUGUACAUUUCAAAUUGGCAACUGGGUAAGUAAAUUAUGACAAGGGGCAAGGACAACUUUCCCAUAGGCCAUGUACUUUAUUAUCAGGGAUUUGUGGUUUUCUCCUAAGUAUCCAUUCCCCUGGGGCAGUAAUCUAAAUAUAACCCAGGUAGUAUAUUGUUUGAUGUCCUCAUGAAAGAAAAAUAUAAUUUGAAGUAAAACUUUUGGGAAAAAUGACAUUUUAGUCAUAAUAUGUAUUGGAGUACAUGGAAGAGUAGUCCUUGCCUUACAUCACUAUGACAUCCCGUAUGCGGCCAAUUUGAAGUCUCCAUGGGUAUAGUGAUUACCAAUAUUUACAACUUUGAAAAAUUCAUAACUUUCUUGUUGUUUGUCCAAUAUUGUUCAAACUUUCACCUAUCAACUUGUCUGAUUUUUCUUUUUCUUCUAAAAACAACUUUUUAUUUAGGUUGGAUUCCCCUUUAAACCAUAAGACCGCAAGCAGAAUUGUGUGCUCUAAAUUCUUUGUGCCUCUGCUUCGUUAUAUUUUUUUUUCAAUAUCGUAGGUAGGUCUCUUGCUAAUUUCAGUAUUACUGGUCAUAUUAACAGAUAUAACCUUGUGGUUUAACUUUCAAACAAGUGUAACGAGGAAAGAAAGACGGCUACCAAUUUUGUUAUGACAUUGGACAUUUAACCGCCACCAAUCCUCUGUAUGAUCAGAGGUCAAGUUCACUCCAUCUCAGACUGGUGAUAAAUUCAAUCAAAAUGGAAUGAAGAGAUUUGUACAAUUUUCAAUAUGCUUGAUUACUCAAAUUAGUCAUAUGCAUAUCUCGGGUGAUAGGCAAAUAAGUGAGUCAUUGAUGUCACACACUAUGACACUACUUUAUUACUUUUGUUUGAAAUAUCAUUUAUUUCAAUUUGUAGAUUUUAUAUUUAAAAAAAACCUUGAUUUGUUAUUAUUCAUAAUGAAUAUUUCUGAAUGAAUCAAAUAAUUUCAAACUGUACAGGAGGAAAUAUAUGAACAUGUAUUUCAUUAUAGAACAAAACAAUUAUGUAUCAUUUGAAUUUCACCAUCCCUCUGAUGUGCAUAUAAAAUGUAUCUUAGAAUUUUAUAACUUUCUCUAUGUUAUUAUUUUUUUCAUGGCUUGUCAAAUUUUACCUUUUUAAUUCAAUUGAAUGUUAUAGUUGAAUGGACUUAGAUCAAUCAGUGAUUAUAUAAAUCUGUCUCUAAAAGGCGCGUGCAUAUAUUUCCAUGUUUUAAAACGAUUACAUUCUCUGAAACGAGUAUUGUCACUGACUGUUUGAAGAAUGCACAAAGUUGACUCCAAUUGAUGAAUAAAGAUUUAUUGUGAAUAUGUA